AUGUUUAGUUCUCAGAGGCUAAAAACUAGUUUGCAUGGGAUGUGGUCUUCUGAUUUGAGCACUCAUCAAGUUGUAAACAACGAUGACAUUAUGUGUGAGAUUUUUCUCCUGUUGCCACCUGAAACGGUCUACAAGCUAAUUCUAGUAUCAAAGAGAUGGCUUCAGAUAAUCUCCAACCCUUUAUUCCGUCGCAGUUACCUAAACAAAUGGAAAAAAAACUCAGCACCCAUAGGCUUCUUCAUCUGCAAGACAAAGAACUCUGGAAGUUUCAAAUACGAACUUCGUCUCCCUCCCUUUGAGUUUGACCAACCUCCAAGAACUAUCUUAGGUGAUGAAAUCAAAUCUUUGAGGCAGCUUGGACACUACAUUGAUUCUUCAAAAGAUUUUAUUCUUUGUAGCAGCAGCCAUCAUGAUUACUACUUGUGGAAUCCUAUUACGCAUCUGCGUAAUCGGAUUCCACAUCCUAGUGUUCACUUUGAACUCUCUUGUACGUCCUUGAUCAUCGAGGAUUCUUCUCAUGUGUUUAGCUACAUGGUGAUCCGGGCUGACUGUGUGAACAAACCAAGUGAGAAGUUGAGAGUGGAGAUUUUUUCCUCUAAAACCAAUAUUUGGAGCUACUCCGAGCUGACGUGUCCCGAGCCUGUAAGUCUCAUGCUAGAGAGUAAGAAAGUGAUUAACGGAGUUGUAUAUUGGUACGCCGUAGGAGGCAAAGUUGUUAUAUUCGACUUGAACAAGAAAGAGGAGAAACGAAUCGACUUGGUUAAGCUUCCGAGAAUACACUACUAUGAUAAACGUGUUCUUGCUGGUUCAGAUGAUGGAUGUAUAAUGUAUGGACGGUGCACUAAGUCAGUAAUGGAGAUAUGGAAGCUGGAGAAAGUAAAUGGUGUGUUUCAGUGGAAGCAUCAACAUAAGUUGAAUUUCAAGGUGGUGUGGACGUGGUACGAUGUGAAAGCUGAAAGAAGUAGCAUUCACCGAAAGGAGGUUAAAAAGCUGCUCGCGUUCCCGAUCAGAAAUGAGACUAGUGGGGAGAUAAUGAAAGAGUCCAAGGAGAAGAAGGAGAAGAAGGAGAAGAAGGAGGAGGAGCAGGGUGUUCCGUAUGGGAUGUGUGGAAUGGCUUGCCAUAGUUUCGACGAUAUUGGGUUUCCUUUCUUUAUCCGUUACAUAAGAGGAGCUGAUGUCUCUAUGAUCAUUGGGAAAAAACUCCUCAGUCACUACAUCUCUUCCUAG